AUGGCUGUUCUCCGCUAUCUCGCGGCGGUCCGCGCGGCGCCGGGCCUUUGGUGGCGGGCAGCGCGCGCGUCGUUGGGGCUCCUGGGCCCCUGCCCCGGGAGAGGCUACUCUGUGGACGCCGCACAGAGCCCACCCACUUUUGGGUUCCUGUUGGACAUUGAUGGAGUGCUGGUGCGGGGUCACAGAGUGAUCCCCGCUGCUCUGGAAGCGUUCCGCAGGCUGGUGAAUGCUCAUGGGCAGCUGCGGGUGCCUGUGGUCUUUGUCACGAAUGCUGGGAACAUCUUACAACACAGCAAAGCCCAGGAGCUGUCAGCCCUGCUGGGGUUCAAGGUGGAGCCAGACCAAGUCAUUCUUUCUCACAGUCCCAUGAAGCUUUUCUCACAAUAUCACAACAAGCGGAUGCUGGUGUCUGGGCAGGGGCCCCUGGUGGAAAAUGCCCGAGUACUGGGCUUCGAGAAUGUGGUUACUGUGGAUGAGCUGCGGAUGGCCUUUCCUGUGCUUGACAUGGUGGAUCUCCAGCGGCGGCCGAAGACCACGCCCCUUCCAAGGAACGACUUCCCUGCCAUUGAAGGAGUGCUUCUCCUUGGGGAGCCAGUCCGCUGGGAGACAAGCCUGCAGUUGAUCAUGGAUGUCCUUCUCAGCAAUGGAAACCCUGGGACUGGUCUGGCGAUGGCCCCUUAUCCCCAUCUCCCUGUCCUGGCCAGCAACAUGGAUCUCCUUUGGAUGGCUGAAGCCAAGAUGCCCAGGUUUGGCCACGGCACCUUUUUGCUGUGCCUGGAAACCAUUUACCGGAAAGUGACAGGCAAAGAACUGAGAUAUGAGGGCCUAAUGGGCAAACCCAGCGUCCUCACUUACCAGUAUGCAGAGGACCUGAUCCGGCAGCAGGCGGAGAGGCGGGGCUGGGUGGCCCCCAUCCAGAAGCUCUAUGCUAUCGGUGAUAACCCUAUGUCUGAUGUCUACGGUGCCAACCUGUUCCACAAGUACCUGCAGAUGGCGAAGCAUGAUGGGGCAGAGGAGCGGGGGGCCGAUGGCUUGUGGAAGCGGCGGCCCUCAGCAACCCAGAGCUGUGCCUCUAUCCUGGUGUGCACUGGUGUGUACAAUCCCAAGGGCCCAGAGCCCACCAGGCCCGCCCAGGAUGCAGAGGAGGCUCCAUUCCAUGGGCACCGGGACUUCAGCUUCAGUCCAGGGCUCAUGGAGGCGUCCCACAUUGUGAAUGAUGUGAACGAGGCUGUACAGCUGGUUUUCCACAAGGAGGGUUGGCCUUUGUAGUGAGGGCUGUGCGUUGGAGACAAGGGGG